AUGAAAUACCCGUUUCUUUCAAACUCCAACCCCUUUUCUUCACAUCAUUUGGCGACCUUAUUGCAAAAAUGCUUGCAAUCAAAAUCUUUAAGACCAUGCAAGCAAAUUCAUGCCAUCAUCUUAACCUCAGCCGUUGACAUCAACUCCUUUUCGCUACAUUCAAAGUUGGUGGGUGUUUAUGCAAGUUGUGGUUGUUUCACUUCUGCUCAUUCUAUGUUUCAAAUCACUCCAAACCUUAAUGUUUUUGCUUACAAUUGGAUGAUUUCUGCUUUGACAUUCAAUGGGUAUUUCGAAGAAGCUAUAGAUUACUUCUCUUUACUUCAAGAAUCAAGAAAUCUUGUUCCUAAUGGUUUUACUUUUUCGUUUCUACUCAAGUGUUGUGUCGGUUUGACGGAUUCAAACAAGGGUAAAGAGGUUCAUUGUGUGAUAAACAAGUUUGGGUUCCAGGUUGAUUCAUAUGUGGUUAAUGCCUUGAUCGAGAUGUAUUGUAAAUGUGGCUGUCUACGUUAUGCCCGCCAACUAUUCGAUAAAAUGUCGAAACCAGAUGUUGUUUCUUGGACAAACAUGAUUUCUGCGUAUUCUAGUGCUGGAAGGCUCCAAGAAUCACAAUUUCUGUUUGAUAGGAUGAAAUUAGGAGGAUUGGAACCUAAUGAGUUCACCUGGAAUGCAUUGAUAGCUGGGUAUGCUAGAAUCGGAGAUUGUGAUGGAGCAUUUACUUCGUUUUCAAGAAUGUGCGAAACUGGUUUGGUUCCUGAUGUUGUUACUUGGAACGCUAUGAUUUCUGGCUUCGUUCAAAGCCAACAGACCGUCAAAGCCGUGGAACUCUUCAGGUCCAUGUUGGUAGCCGGGGUCAAGCCCAACUCCAUUACCAUUACCGGGUUACUCUCAGCUUUCGGAUCCACGGGCUUAGUUGAUCACGGGAAAGAAAUCCACGGGCUAAUCUAUAGAACAAAUACAUACAUCAAUAUCUUUGUUUCUAGUGCACUUAUCGACAUGUACUCUAAGUGCGGGUGUGUCAAAAACGCAAGAAACGUAUUCGACGCCCUACCCUCCAAGAACGUUGCUUCAUGGAAUGCAAUGAUUGGAUGCUAUGGGAAACACGGGAUGGUUGAUUCCGCCAUCCAACUCUUAAAUACGAUGCAAGAACAAGGGAUACAGCCAAAUGAAGUGACUUUAACAUGUGUUCUUGCUUCUUGUAGCCAUAGUGGAUUGGUGAAGAAAGGUUUGGCGAUCUUUAGAUCGAUUAGGGAGAGUUAUGGGAUCGAGAUUAAAGACGAGCAUUAUGGUUGUGUCAUUGAUAUUCUUUGUCGCUCUGGUAAAAUGGAAACGGCGUAUGAUUUGGUGCGGGAAAUGGGUACGGAUUCGAUGGUCGGAGCUUUCUUCAAUGGGUGUGUGGUGUACAAUAGACCAGAUUUGGCUAAACAGAUGUUUGAAGAUGUACUGAAGAUGGAGUUAAAGAGACCAGGAGGGUUUGUUACCAUGGCAAAUAUUUAUGCCAAGGAAGGAGAAUGGGCAAAAGUUGACAAGGUAAGACAAAUCAUGCAACUGCAGGGUCUCCAAAAGCAACCUGGGGUCAGUUAUUCUUAAAAAUUCAACUAAACACUUACUUGGU